AUGCUCAAAAAUGGUACGGUGAACCAAACCUUUCCGUCCUUCCCUGUCUGGACGCCGACGAAUUGGGCGACCCUUUCUACCGGUGCUCACACGGGGACACAUGGUGUCACCCGUUGGCGUGUGGAGGUUGCCCCCGGUGAACGGAUCGACAGUUUCGAUGGACGUGCCCCGAAUGCGGAGCGGAUCUGGAACGCCCUAGAACGUGCCGGCAAAACAAGCGUUGCGGUCCAUUACCCAGCAGCCCAUCCAUCGGGCAUCAAAUCCGGUUUCGUCGUGGACGGUUUUGGUCAUCCCGGACACGCCAGCACCGGCUACGAAGUGGCGUCCUGUCAAGCCUACACGACGAGCGAUGAGGUUGCUACCGUCGAGAUGGACCAUGAUGGAACGGCUGUCCGCCGGACACAACGCAGCGUUCAACCGAUUCCAGCCUUGCGUCCCGCCGUCGGUUGGGAGAACCUUCCACCGAGCCAGUCACCACCCCUUGAGUCCAUAAUCGAAAUCCAUGCGCGUCUCGGCGGCGAUGUCAACACCUUUCAUCUCCUUGUGGUUGGCAGUCGUGGGAAAGGAUAUGAUUGUGUACAGAUCUGCCGGGAGAAGGAUGGGAAUACACAAAUUGCUGAGACAGUGGUCGGUCAAUGGAGCGAUUGGGCAAUUGACCCCUUCCAGAUCGAUGGUCAAAAGCAGGAUGCGUCGAUUCGGUUUAAGCUGAUGGAACUCACGCCCGACGGGAAAAAUCUGAAACUUUACCGUUCACAGGUCACCUACGCCAACGGAUUCACCUACCCGGAUGACCUCGCAGCGGAGCUAAUAGAACGUUUUGGUCCCUAUCAGGAGCACGCCUCUAUGACGCCUUAUACGUCGGGCAUGGCGGAUUUUGAUACCGCCCUUGAGGAGUGCGAAUAUCAGGGCAUCUGGUUCGCUGAAGUCGCCAACUACAUGCUGCGUGAGCAUGGGUGUUCCUUCUUUAUUUGCCAUUGGCAUCUCUUCGACUAUCUGAACCACAUCCACCUCAACGAUGUAGAUCCUGUCUGUCCGGGCUACGACCCAAACAAUGCAGAUACAGCGAUGGACUACUUCCGUCGGGCAUAUCAGGUCGGCGACCGGGUUUUGGGACGCAUCUGGGAGGCUGCUGACGAUGAGACUUGCGUCGGUGUCCUCGGUGACCAUGGGGCUUACCCCGACAUUCGGAUUGCCAACAUCCGCAAGUUCCUCGUCGAUCAGGGGUUCACCGUACUUAAAGACGGUGCGGAAGGCGUCGAGCGCGAUGAGGUCCUGGAGAAGGAUAUAGAUUGGGAAAAGACCCGUGCCUAUCUCAAGGACGACAAAGGUUUUGACAUCUACAUCAACGCUGAACCGGGACCGGCUUUCGACGAAAUUGAGCGUGAACUGCUGUUGGCACUCCGCACUUGGGUUGAUGAAGGGGUUGGACGAACACCCAUCGCCAUUGCGCUGCCGAAACGUGAUGCCUACCUCCUCGGUCAGUGGGGCGAUCAGUGCGGUGAUGUCAUCUUUGCAUGGGACCACGGCUACGUCAGUGGCUACUACGGUCAGUGGAAAGGGAUUAUCGGUGGCGGAGCGGUCGGUGCGCCCGAAGUGUAUGGCGCACAUCAUGGUGGCUUCCUCCCCACCCGAAACGAGGACAUCUCCUCUAGCUUUGGAACAUUUUUAUUGGCUGGACCGGGAAUUAAAAAGGGGUAUGAGCGUGAUUAUGAUUCACACGGUUACAUCCACGCCGCUGAUGUUGUUCCCACAUUUUGUCAUAUUCUCGGCACCGCUCCACCGGCACAAAGUCAGGGCACAAUUGCCUACGAUCUGCUUGAAGGAAACGAGAUGGCGCGAGAGCGAGAUGCAAACUGA